UUCACAUUAAAAACUAUCCCGGAUGAUGUAACAAAGAUCAUGGGUCUUCUGAAAGGAAUUGUAAAGACACGUCCACUUGUUGUGAAAGUUGUCAGGUUCAUCAUUUUUUACCUUUUGGAAAAGAAUAUCAGUGAUCUUCAUUUGGUUCCUGAAAAAGAAGAACUUGAGAUAACAAAAGUGGAUGAAUGUGGAGAGAGAGUUGAAUUCACAUACAAGAGUGAACCUGUGAAGGACAUUAUCACUGAAUCUGAAUUUGAAAAGAUGAAGAAUUUAAUUGGUCCACGUCCAGUACUAAAGUUGCCUACCAUAGUUGUGUGGCUUUUAUCAGAAUUAGCUUUGCAUAACUUUGGUAAGGGGAGAUAAUAACUAGGUUAGAGGUAACUUGAGACUGCCGAAAAAGUUGUGAGUAAAUGUGGAAUAAAAAAUGAGCAAGGGGAGGGGAUUUUAGAGAGUUUGUCAUAAAUGGAAGUUGUGGAAAUGUGAAGUUGUGUUGUUUUGGCUGUCUAUGCAGUGUCAGAAUUCAAUGUCUACUUAUUCCUAGACUUCAGAAAUAAGCAAUUGUGCUAUUUCACAGUAGGUGGAGCAAGAUGAGUCCUUGUAGAAUUUUAAACAUUGAAUUAAAAUUACUUGUUUUUAUAACUUCCUUCUUUAAAUUUUUAUACUUUAAGGUAGCUCUAAUUUCUUAACCUUUUUUCAUACCUCAUAUAAUGUUAGGAAUAUAUUUAUAAAAUUAAUACUAGUAGUUUCUAGAACAGUAUUGUUAGUUUUCAACUUCACAUCUGAAUACCAUCCUUAUAGCUGAAUGGGUUACCCACACAAAUAAAAUAUAUCUAUGCAUCGAUUGGGGUCAUAGCAGACCAGUAAAAUCUUUGAAAUUACUUAUACUCAAGCUAGUUAAUUACUUAUACUCAAGUUAGUUUUAAGUGUUAGUACCAGUUAUUACUUUGGUUAAGAAUAUA